AACCUCUCCAAAAAGGAGGAAAUGGAAAGAAACUACAAAAACGUAAACAAUUGACAACGUUUGUGCUUAUUUCACAAAAAUGUCCAUACGCGUCCAUGAUGUUUCUAGAAUCCAACAUGCGGGCCCCGUGGAUCGGCUUGAUGUGUAUAGGCUGUGUGUUGCUGAACAAAUGAUCUCCGGGCAUAUACUACCGUUUAUCCUAGCCGUUGCGUGGCUUGGCGACCAUAAUUUCACGAAGUGCGUGGGAAAAUGGAAAAAAGACAAGUGUACACAUCAUGGCCGAUCGGGAUCGCCGCCCUGUCCUUUGUCUGCGCCUAACCAACCGGACGAGCAAACAAACAAACUUCUCCCUCGCUUUCCUCUACGCUCCAAAGUCCAAACUUUGUCCUGCCUGCAACCACGCCUUAAACAAGAGCGAAGUACUCCAGCGUAGCAGCGGUGUGCGACCAUCCCAACGACGGCGGCCUCAAUGUCAUCGCCAUCGUCCCCACCGCCGUCGCCUCACUGGCCAGCAUCGGCCCGUCUCGUCGACUAGAGCCAGGCACACACAGAAAAAUUCCAAACUUCCCCAUGCUUGAGGGCUGAAGCAGCAGCGAGAGGAGGGGCAAGAUGAUGGUGCCGUCGGAGGCUGAGCCGACGUCGUCGCCGCCGCAGCCCAAGCGGCUCUACCAGGCCUGGAAAGGAAACAACGUUUCGUCCCCCAGGUUUUUCACAUGUGUGAGAGAGCAGAGUGUACCACGACAGAUCAUUCUUCGCUUCUCUGCAGGUAUUCCUGUGCGGCGGACGGCUUAUACUCGGGCCGGACGCAGCCUCCCUGCUGCUGUCAUCGUUCCUCGUCGCCGGCCCAGCCAUCGUCUUCUGCUACCAGAUGCAGUCCAAGUUCUUCCGCUCCAACGGGCAACCACACAUGCACCGGGCUGCGCUACUGAUUGUUAUCAUCACAACACUAGUGGACCUGUUCUUCCUGUUCAUGACAUCGGCCAGGGACCCAGGAAUAGUGCCACGGAACACAAGAGCCCCGCCGCCUGAAGCUGAUGAACGGAACCUCCCCGCCACGCCAUCUAUGGAGUGGAGCGUCGGGGGCACCCCGCGGAUGAGGUUUCGCCGGACCAAGGAUGUCAACGUGAAUGGCGUCACGGUGAAACUCAAGUUUUGCGAGACCUGCCUCAGGUACCGCCCACCACGAUCCUCGCACUGCUCCAUCUGCAACAACUGCGUCCAGAAGUUUGACCACCACUGCCCAUGGGUUGGCCAGUGCAUUGGACUCAGAAACUAUCGCUACUUCUUUCUAUUCAUCGCCACAUCGACAUUCCUGUGCAUAUCCGUCUUAAUCUUUUCAUGGUUGAAUGUCCACGGCGAAAUGCAAGACAACGGCGGCUCUAUCUGGAAGGCCUUGCGCAAGGAAGUCUAUUCUUUUGUUCUAAUCAUCUACACUUCAAUUGUUGUAUGGUUCGUCGGUGGCCUAACAGUACUGCAUCUCUAUCUGAUCAGUACUAAUCAGACAACAUACGAAAACUUCAGAUACAAUUAUGACAAGAAGGAUAACCCUUACCGAAAGAGCAUUACAAAAAACUUUGCCGAAGUGUUCUUCACCAAGAUCCCUCCUCCACUGAACGACUUUCGAUCACAUGUAGGUGAGGGUGCACUGGAAGCUGGGUUCUACACUCCAUAUAUUGGGUUGGAUGUGACCAAUACAAGGGAAAAGAUUGAUACAGAUAUGAGAGAGAAAGAAGUACUCGUAGGGGGGAUACAGAUUCCAACAGUAUUGCAGAAUAUAGACUAUGGUUCCUUUGAAGAUGGUUUUUAUGACAAGAACAGGAACAAUGGCAACAAAACAGUGGCUUUUGCUCCAGCUUGGGCACAAAAAGGAAGUGAAGAUGCUGGAACAUCUGCAGCAGCUACCACAGCAUGCAAGGAAGAAACUAGUGAGGACGAUGCUAAGGAAAUUACUAAUUCAAAUACAAGUUCCGCACGGACAUCUACAGAAGCUAACACGAUAUCUGAGGAUGAAAUAGUUCAGGACGAUGCUAAAGAAAGUAACACCCCAGAUAGAAGUCCCGCCCAGUCAUUGAAAGACAUGAGCUGAUAAGUAUCGCUCAUAUAUGUUUAGGAAUUUGUCUAUAGAUAUGGCCACUGUGAGUUGGCAUCAUUCUUUACAAUGUAUAGAAAAGGCAAGUGCAAGACUAUUCAAUUACGUCAGCAAAUGAUUUAAGGAGUGUAAUGAACCAAAGUAUUAUCAACAUUGUUUGUACAUUUUUACA